CCACGACAUCCCAAGACGCCCAACCCGACAAAGGGAUUGGCUAUUUCCUUCUCAACUCGAUUGCCGAAGCCCAUGAUGCUGCGUGUCUCCGGCCGAGAUACUGAACAAUUGACCCUAUGUAGUAAUCUUCUAUCUACCGGACCACGAAUCAAGUUGCGGCCGAAGUCAGACACAAGCAAGCUGUGUGCGCAGACGUCUGAAGUCGUGCGCCAAAUUAAAAUCACCCAAGGCCCCCCCACGAUAGACACGUCGAUCAAGACUUCCAUGCUAUAUGCUCUCGUACACGAGCUGCAGUGAGCCAGACCAUCAGCGUUCUUUGACACCAACUGAAUCCGUAGGUCCAGCGUCUCAACAGCCUUGGGCUUCACAAAAAGAUAAAUCCAAGCCAAAGUCAACGUGGACUUGCCUUCCAUACCAACAAGAAGUAUGUUGCCCAGUAUAUCAGGACUGAAGACCGAAUUGCUCGCCAGCAUGAAGCUCAAAAACGACGAGAUAACAAUGUCCAGCACGAACGCACUCUUCCGCUACGCCUUCUGGGCAGUCGCCAUCUUCAUUACGAGUCAAGCCCUCGUCUUCCUGUACAGAAACCUCACAUCACCCUUGCGCUCCGUGCCUGGCCCAUUCCUCGCCCGCUUUGGACGGAUAUACUACUUCGCUCGCGUCGCCCUGGGCCGCUGGGAACAUGAUGACGUCGCUCUGCACCGAACUUACGGCCCGGUCGUGCGUGUCGGCGUAGACCUGUACAGCAUCGACUCACCCGAAAUCGUCAAGAAAGUGUACAGCAUUGGCUCCAAAUUCCCAAAGUCCGACUGGUACGAUGCCUGGAGACACCCUGACCCAAAUCGCUGGACUUUGUUUCCCGACCGUGAUAUGAAGCGGCACGCGGAGACGCGCAAGCGGUUUCAGGCGAUGUACUCCAUGUCAAGUCUGGUGAGCUACGAGGGGUACGUGAACGAGUGUACGGCAAUCUUCAGAGAGCGGCUGGGCGAGUUCGCCGAAUCGGGCGAGACCAUCGAUAUGGCGCAUUGGCUACAAUGCUACGCAUUUGAUGUUAUUGGAAACAUCACAUAUUCACAAAGAUUCGGGUUUUUGGACAGGGGCGAGGAUAUUGCCGGGUUGUUGAAGGCGCUGCAUGGGGUAUUGAGAUACGGAGCGCUGGUGGGGAUCUAUGCCUCCUGGCACCCGCUGAUUUUCAAUAUUUUGAGCCGUUUGGGCGUGGGUGGUGCAUCGGGCAGGACCUAUCUGAUGAAGUAUGUGCAGCAAAGGAUUGAGAUGAGAAAGGCCAAGGAUAAGACAGGGGAUGGUGUCAAGGAGGUUGGAGAGAGGGAUGAGAGCGGGCCCAUGGAUUUCCUGGACAAGCUCAUGGUUGCGAACAAGGAAGAUCCAGCAAGGGUCACGCCGUAUCAUGUUUUCAUGAUGGGCUUGUCAAAUAUCAUCGCCGGGUCGGAUACGACGGCCGUCAGUCUUUCGUCCAUACUAUACAACCUUAUAAGAUAUCCGAACACGUUGAAGAAGCUGAGGGAAGAAAUCAAGCAUUUUGAAGAGCAAGGGCGUUGCGGCAACCCGAACGUGUCGUUCAAGGAAAGUCAGGAUAUGCCCUACCUUCAGGCUGUGAUGAAGGAAGCUCUGCGUAUCCAUUCCGCAACAGGCUUGCCAUUAUGGAGAGUUGUCCCGGAAGGAGGCGUUGAGAUAUGUGGCUAUUUCUUUCCCGAGGGUACCACUAUCGGAAUUAACACCUGGUGUGCACAUUUUAACGAAGAUGUCUUUGGUCCACACGCCAAGGAGUUUCGACCCGAGAGAUGGAUCGAAGCUGAGAAGGAGGGAGGCGAGAGUUUCAAGAAUAUGGAGGCCUACUACAUGCCGUUUGGUCUAGGUUCGAGGACCUGUAUAGGCCGGCAUAUUUCGUUCUUGGAGAUGUCGAAACUGAUCCCCCAAAUUGUGCGAAAAUUCGAUUUCCAGCUUGAGUAUCCGGAUCGCCCUUGGAGUACGGAGAAUACCUGGUUCAUCAAGCCAACCGAUUUUCGAGUAAAGGUCAAAAGUCGACAAGAAUGAUCAGAAUUUGUCAUAGUGUAUUUAUGUAAAGAAUGUUAUCA